AUGGCUUGUCGGAGUGGCUGCUGCUGCAGCUUCGGUCCAUUGAAUGAAGACAAUGCGAGAUUCCUUCUGUUGGCAGUGUUAAUAGUUCUUUAUCUUUUCUGCGGGGCUGCUGUCUUUUCGGCACUGGAGCACCCGAAAGAGAGGUUGGCGAAGGAGCGGUGGGUGCAACGGUUUGAACACUUCAGCCAAAAGUACAAUCUAAGUAAGAAGGAACUGGACAACUUUUUGAGAAACUAUGAAGAGGCAAAUGUGGCAGGUAUCCGGGUAGACACCACGCGACCGCGGUGGGAUUUCACCGGCGCAUUCUACUUCGUCUGCACGGUGGUGUCCACCAUUGGGUUUGGGAUGACCACCCCUGCCACCAUCGGGGGAAAGGUCUUCCUCAUCUUCUACGGGCUCAUCGGCUGCGCGGCCACCAUUUUGUUCUUCAACCUGUUCCUGGAGCGCGUCAUCACCGUCAUUGCCUUUGUCCUGAAAUUCUGUCACGAGCAUCGGCACCGCCGCAAAGCCGUCCUCCCCCAGAUCGGCCGGCCGCCCCACGGCUUCGCUCACCACCACGGCCACAGCCGCGCGGGGCUGGACGGUCCGGCCGGCUGGAAGCCCUCGGUGUACUGCGUGAUGCUCAUCCUGGGCGCGGCGGCCAUCUUGGUGUCCUGCUGCGCCUCGGCCAUGUACUGGUCGGUGGAGGGCUGGGGCUACCUGGACGCCGUCUACUUCUGCUUCGUGGCGUUCAGCACCAUCGGCUUCGGCGACAUGGUGAGCGGCCAGCGGGAGGCCUACGAGGCGCAGGGCGCCUACCGCCUGGGCAACUUCCUGUGCAUCCUCACCGGCGUCUGCUGCAUCUACUCGCUCUUCAACGUCAUCUCCAUCGUCAUCAAGCAGGUGCUCAACUGGCUGCUGCGGAGGCUGAAGGCGCUGUGCGGCGCCGGCGCGUGCCAAGGGGCAGCGGUGGGCGCGAGGGGCCCUCACCCCCACCGGCGGAACGCGGUGGCCCCGGGGCGAAGCGGCGCGCGCCAGCGCGACCCCUCCGUCGACACGGACGGCGCCAACGAGAGCGAAACGGACGGCCGGCGCAUGUCCGGCGAGAUGAUCUCCAUGAGGGACUUCCUGGCGGCCAACAAGGUCAACCUGGCCAUCAUGCAGAAGCAGCUGUCCGAGAUGGCCAACGGGCACCUCGGACAGCCGGGCUCCGGAUCGCGCCACAACGGCUUCUCCGGAGGGGUCGGGGCACUCGGCAUCAUGAACAACCGUCUGGCAGAGACCAGCGUGGACCGGUAA